AUUUUGAAAGUAAAAAUACUGCGCGACCCGGGAUUUUGUUUGUACGGUACGGCGAGGGUAAAAAAGCGGCGAGGGCUAGGCUGUGGUGCGAUCGGGGCAACGCGGUGUCGCGCGUAAAAUGACGUAGAGUGUGCGAGGGUGUGCCGCAUGCGGUGCGAGAGGUGUGUUUAGCGGAAACGGUGUCGCGGUGUGUAGGGUACGGCGCUGGCCGUAGCUAUCACAGUGUACGGGAAAUUGGCCGUGGCUUCGCCAAUGGAUGCCAGGCAGGAGGAGACGCCAUUUUGAUAUACGGGCGCACGUCAAGCGUUCGCUCGCUAGGGAAACGCGGUCUCGAGUCGCGGUCUGCCGCUUCGCGUAGUACCGCGCGGGUGAAUUCGUUGGUUCGCAAGAUUCACGGGCAUCGUUGGUACGAGUGCGUGGCGCAACGGAUCCGAGGCGUUUCGUUGACAAGUGACAGGUGAAUCGAUCGGGCCGCGAGGAAACUCGCGUUGCGGCCUCCCGUGUCCGUAACACGGUUCGCUCGGUUGAUCGGUAGUGACUACUGUGUGUGGAACGGUUACGUACGUGUACGGUAUUCGGAUUUUUCCCCACGCCGGCCGAGUUCAGUGCGAGGGACACGGUAGAGUAUAUUGGUGCGCUCUCCGAUCCCCGGGGUGGCGGUGUGCAGCAGGGAAAAGCCGCUGCUCUCUGUUCUCCGUAUCUGUCUAGUUUCGCGCGCGCGACAAAAGGCCACCGGCCGACACCUCGGGCCAGGACAAGACGACCCGAUGUCGGGAGCGGGUCGCGACCCCGUGUCGACCCGUGGUCGUCCUCGUCCUUGUCCACGCACACUCGCCUCCUCUUUCACGGCACCAGGACGCUCCUGGCGUAAAUGUGCUCUAAUGAGCGCCCAUGUGCACUUCUCUUCUUUCUGCCUGCUGCCCUCGAGUGCCCUGUAAACCCAGAGCACACCCCAACUCUUAUAGCACGCCCACGCACUCUUAUCGUUCGCGAAUAUGGCCAAGAUCCUUAACAAGGACCCCGUCACCUAUGAGAGGGAAAGGGAUAAUUUCAUGAAGGACCUCCGUCAUUUCCACGAGACCAGAGGGACUUCGUUCAAGAAAAACCCAAAAGUCAAUGGGAAAGAUAUAGAUCUGUAUUUAUUGUACGUUGUCGUUACUGCCCAUGGAGGAUGGAUAAAGGUGAAUACCAGAAACGAAUGGGCAUCGCUGUGCGAACAAUUCCAUCUACCCAACGGCUGCGUGAACAGCGGGGUUGGCCUUAAACAAAUUUACCUUAGGUAUUUGGACAGGUACGAGAAAGUACACUUCCUAGGAGAAGAUGGACAUCAAGCAGACGACGACGAUGAAGAUUCCAGACACAGAAAGUGGUCUGCUAGAGCAUUACACUCCGUUCCUCUUACUUAUAAUCAUCAUCAACACAAUGUUGCAGAAUCUCUUCGCGAUUAUAACGGCCUUUCGUCAGACCUCUACAAACCAUCCAACUACGAUAAGCUCGCCCUCUCGCUACUGUCUCCUCUUCCUAAUGAGCAAGACUUCGCCAUCAACGUUUGCACGUUGCUGUCGAACGAGGGGAAGCACAUCCUGCGUCUCGACAAGUAUCCUCGCCUGGUGAACAUUUUAUUGGCGCACGCGGGUGUAUUCGAUUCACCUGGUACGCGACAGCUCUUCAUCGAGGUCUACUCACGGGUCAGGAAUUACUCGAUCAACUCGUUCUGGUCGGACGUGCUCGACUCGCAGGACGUGAUCGACCUGACCAACGAAAGGACGUUCAUGAAAAAGCCGAACCCAAGCCCCCAGACGUUCUCCAGACGAAAAAUCUUGGAGAGGGAAAAGCAGAGCAAGAACGUUGCGUCGACGGAGAGCGAUGACGCCUCCGCAUCGAUGGACGUCGACGUGGUGCUACCUGAGUGUUCGAGGUUGGAUCCGAUCUGUUCGCACCAGGAUGAGAGUCUAAAGGAUCAGAAUCAAAAUUCAAUAAAAUUCGAGGAAGAGGAUAGAGAUUUGUUUUGUGUCGGACGAACGCUCGGAACGCAAGACCCUUACGGGCAACGGGUACUACAGAUAGCGUCUAUUCUACGGAAUUUAAGUUUCACCCCGGAGAACGCCGCUAUAUUGGGAAGGAAUCGGUGUUUCCUGAGAUUCGUAUUGCUUUGCGUGAGGGCGAGGUGGAGCAACCUGCAUCAGCUGGGUUUCGACACGCUAGGGAACAUAGCGAACGAAAUAGUCCUGAAGGAGGCUGGCGAGAGGAUAACGGACGUUGUGUUGUCGUGUGUCGCGAAGGGAAUUGAAUCGCAAGACAGGUUUAUCGUUAUAUCCUGUUUGGAGGUGCUUAACAAACUUAGCCAGCAGGACAGCAAUGAAGAGAUAGUUACAUUUGGAUUAGAAGACAAUGUAUAUGAACUUAUAUGCAGGUUUUUAGCUCUUAAUGACAUAGCCCUUUUAGUGUAUACAUUGGAAUGUUUGUACGCGUUGACGUCGUUGGGUGAAAGGCCAUGUACUAGCGUCGCGCGGGUACGCGGAGCUAUCGACACAUUAGUCGCCCUCGUCACCGUGGAAGCGCAGAGUUACGGCCCGAAAGCCUGUAUUCUGAUGAGAGUGAUUGAAACUGUGUCGACUGUUACGUUACCAUCAACUACCACUCCAAAUACUCCUGCUGUUGCUACCGCUCCGGCCGCGUCGGUUUCCUCCUCCGUACCAACUACUCCGGCUACCGUUACCGCGACGCCAGCUCCGGUCAGUCCGGCGCCAUCGCGGCCAACCACUCCAGCAGCGACUGUAACGAAAUCUACAACGCACAAAGCAGUGGAGACAAACAACUCGUUACAGCAGCAACACGCGCAUCAACAAAUUAUACAGGAAAACGAGCAAUUCGCUUUAAGUUGGUUGAGGGCUACGUUUGAACCUGUGUCUGGUGUGCGUAUAGAGCAAGAAGAACUGUAUAAGAAGUAUCUUGGUUGCUGUACAAAAAUUGGCAGAAGAGGCGUAAUCGCACCCCUUCAUUUUCCAAGAUGUGUUAGAUCUGUAUUUGGCGGAAGCGUCGGGCCGAAUCCGUUGAAAGGUGAAACAACUGGUACUCAGUAUUACGAAGGAAUCCGAGUACGGGCCACACCACCCCAAGUAACUUAUCCGAGCCAAACUGCGGUUGGGACUAACACAGCUCCAAUUCCAGCAGUGAACACAACGCCAGUAAAGGUGCUUCCCGUACAACAGCGUACAAUCAAGAGUAUAAGUCCCGCUCCCGAUAGCACGGCCCUAGACAAUCCUGCAUCUGGGCUUUCGAGAAUCCCAACCCCGGCCUCGCCCAUCCUGAAAGCCCAAUUGUCCGCCCCACCGAAGCCACCAUCCGUCACUUCCGUGAUCACCGUGACACAAUCCCAAAAUCCAGUCACCAAGGUUGAUUCUAAAAGUCAGGUGUCAGUAUCGCAUCCUCAUCUAAGCCAAGCGUUGCUCUCGAUCGGUUCCCAAACGCAGACACAACCACAACCGCAACAGCCGCAACUGGUGCAACAGUGUCAAGCUAUCCAGGUAGUCACUAAGGAAGAUAAUCGAAGCGGUACCACAUCCAGUUCCAUAAUUAAAAGCCUACUGGCUACUAAGGUAACGGUCAGCAGCGACUGCAUGCCCAGUACUGCUGCCACGUGUGUGUCUACCCUUACUGCCUGUGUAACAAACACUACUGCUAGCAUCGCAUCCAGCAUCAGUGCCAACCAGCUAAUAACCAGCAACCAGGUCGCGCAACGUCAACAGCAGCAGAGGCUACUACAGCAACAGUUGACUAACGUAACGCAACCUCCUACAACCACGACUAGUUCCACAACAAUACUCCCAAAGACUCCAAUCAACUCGAAGCAAAAGCCAGCUAUCACACCCAUUCCUGCCAAAAAGAUUCAGAGGCUCAACGGAGCCAAGUUUAUUAUGACUAAUAAUUGUGACAAGACUGAAGUAAGCGACAGCGAGUGUGUUAAUCAAAACACAACGUCGACGACCGCUUCCACCGUGAUUUUGAAUUCCACUGAUAAUCAUACAUCGGCUAUUAAAGUGUGUCGGCCGCUGGGUACGACAACAGUAUUGACAGCGAAUAAAAUGACUCAACGAUCAACUUGCACAUCGAUCGCCGAGGAUUCGGAUUCAACCAACAAUUCCCUGGCAUCCAGCAGCGGUAUCGGUGGUAGUCGAGAUUGUUCCGGCGUCGGAGUGGAAGAGGAUAACUCCUUGACGAGUUUUGAGGGGAUUCUGUUGAACGGUGCACCAAGCAACAUGGACAUCGACGUGCAGGACGAUGGAUCUUCGAAAGACUCGUCCAGUGUGACGUCCAAAGAGAAGCCCCUCCAGAGCAUGAUGCUCGCUGAUCUUUUGGAAAGGAAAGUAGACAAAGAGCCAAUAUUAAAUGGCGUCUUGGGAAAGAACUCGAUAAACGAGAAGGGAAUGGAUCUGGUGGAAAAUCACAUCAAGAAGGUAUUGAAAGAAUCUCCUACCGAUAUUAAGAUCAAGCUCGAAGUAGAAGAAGACAUACAAACGGAAGUGUCCGAAGAUACGUUGAUCGAAGCACCUAGGGGGAUAAAACGAACUGCCAGCGAAUCGGACGAAGUGGACACGAAGAAAGUGAAGUAUUCAAACGGCACUAUGUCGCCGGAUCCUGUUGUCGACUCGACCACCGCCGAAUCUACAGUCUCGAGUAUAAAAUCUGAAGAACCGGACGAUGACAAAGACAGUGAGAAGGCUACGGUGUCUUCUACUGCUGCGAAUCUUUAUGCUGCAUUAGCCGCCGAUUGUAUAGAGGACGAGACGGAUCUUGACGAGAGCGUGACUGUAAAAGAGGAAUCUGCCCCCACAACGAAAGAGGAACCGCAGGAAUUCAUCAACCAGGUCAAUCAGCAACCGUCGCAACAACCUCAGCCACAAGUACCACAGCAGCAACCUCAAGUUCAACAACCAAUCUCGCAGCCUCAGCCGCAGCCACAGCCGCAGCCACAGCCGCAACCACAAUCACAACCACAACCACAACCACAACCACAACCACAACCACAGCUGCAGUUACAACAACAUCAGGCGCAACCGCAGCAGCCUCAACAGCAACUGAUCGUCGCGGCACCGAGGCAGAUAGUAGUGCAGCAGACGAUUCAACCAAACAAUCAAGUUAUCAUACCGGCCGGUGCGGUAAAGGCCAGGCAGGCGCAGUCUCAACCACAAGUUUUACUCCAACAGGGAGCGGGUGGUCAGUUGCAAUAUGUCGUGUCCGGUGGCGUUCCCGGUCAGAAUUAUGUUCUGGCCCAGCCGCAGACACUAACCUGCCAGGGUCAAGCGCAGACAGUUUUGGUAGCUCAAACGACGCAGCAACAAGGAACUGGUGCGAAGACUAUAAUCAUCUUGCAGCCACAGACUGCCACGCAGCCGAGCCAGCAGAAGAUGGUAGCGGUCACGCCUCAGGGACAGCAAGUUGUCGUGACACAGGUGUCGCGCCCGAUUUUGCAGAGUCCUGCACUCGGAAACAUACCUCCACCACUGGUCCCAACCUCGGGUACAAUUCCUCAGACUUCCAUUAUAGUGAACAGUUCCGUAACGCAAACGAAUCCGAACACUGUCACUGUUACGAUUCCGGCGAUGGCGCAGCAGACACCGGUUUCGACAAGCGUACCCUCGAGGGUGGUAACGCCUACCCCGGCGUCCACUCCGCCACCCACGAGACCCACCACGCCGCAUCAAGCGGCCGCUACUCACGGUCUCCCAAAACAACCUGUCAAAGUCAUAAAGACUGUCAGUUCCUCGACGUCCACAGAGCCAGAAUCGAAACCGUCUACCAGUCAGAAUCAGCUGGAGAAGACGAUCACCAUAAAGAUCGAUCCUAAUGCUUACCUUUGCGAGUGGCGGGGUUGUUUGAGGCAAUUUAAAACACCACAUGAAGUUUACCUUCAUGUGUGCGAGGCGCAUUGUCCUACUGGUGAGGAGGAAAUACUAUGCCUUUGGGCGAGCUGCGAUGCCUUGAAGAGGCGUAGAUUUUCGCUAAUGACACACCUGUAUGAUAGGCAUUGUAACGCGGAUACGAUGUCGAUAAGGAGAAAACAGCUAACGGUGACAGGUAAAACCGAGGUCUCCACGUCGACGCCGCCGACUCCUCACCACCCUGGAUACGCACCUAACGCAGCAUUCCAUGCGAUUAAGCGACACGCCUUGGAAUUCGUAAAUCCAAAGGAGUUAAUGCAGCAAAGGCCGACCAAGCCCGCUGCAGCCACCACAAGCUCUUCUUCUCCCAGACCUGGGCAAAAUCCUCCACCAGAGCAGGACGACAACGAAGGUCCAGUGACCAAAAGUAUUCGCUUGACAGCAGCUCUCAUUCUUAGAAACCUAGUCAUAUAUUCGACACAUGGCAGACGGCAUCUUAGAGCGUACGAACCACAUUUGGCAGGCGUGGCAUUGAGUAACGUCGAAUCAUCGAGAACGAUCGCACAAGUUCUUUACGAUAUGAACGAUCAAAGUAGCAGUAACCAUAGGUGACCUCUUGAACCAGGCCUCUAAAAAGAAAAGAAAGGAAAAAAAGCUCAUUCGCAAUUGUUGCGAGCAUCGAUUAGUUCGUCUUUAUUUUGAACUUUAGUGUAAAAGUGAAGGAAACGCAAAAGAGUUACAAAACGAUUAUAAAGAAUGGUAUGUUCGGUUUUGUUCGAAGGAGUAAGAGAUGUGAGAUUGUGAUUUACGACGGAGAAAAGAAAGAUAAAGACGCGAAAUGCAGAGGAAAAAGAAGAAUUAAGUGAAUUAAGAAGAAAAAGAAGAGGAUGCACUAGAAGAAAAAAGCAUACGGCAAUGUUCCAUAAUUAUUAAAGAGGCCUAUAAACUUACUAGGCAACGUCGAUUUGCCGAAAUUUAAACUAUAACGACGUACUGUAAACUAGUUAAACGAUAAAACGAAAGACAGUAGUUUGAAGUGAUUGCAGAGAGAUCAGUGAUAAAUGAUAAAUGAUGAUUAAAUGAAACAAAAAAGCAAACAAAAAAGCGAAAUAUUUCAAAUUUAAUAUUAAUAUUUAUUUUCUCAACAAGAAGCGGAAGAAAUGUUUUUAGUAACCGUGUACAAAAAUAAACAAACGA